AUGAUAAAAUUGACGCAGGCGGUUGUGGAAAUAGUCAGGGAUAAAAAGGAACAGAUGAUAAUAUUUGCUAAAGCCAUCGACGACCUAACAGAUUCCAGUUUUGUUGGUGCAUCAGCUGCUUGUACUUUUAAAAUGGACACAGUGGAUUCCUUUGAGGAUGUUCAUGCAUACAGUCCGCCUAAAAGCCGCGAUGCAUCAAACCAGACUACCAUAAAACCAUUCUUCAGAUCAGUCUCUUCCCAGUCAUCUUACUUGACUAAGGUUGCAGAAUGCCAAACUUUGACUUCAGUGUGUGAUGUAGGGAUUCAGUGUGAUCUUCUGCUCCCUGUGUCUGCUGACAGCAGUGAUUCUUCGUGUCCCCCCAUGGACGAUGAGAAUAUAGACCCUACAUAUAAACCUCUUGAAAACAGUGGGUCAGACGAAAGUGACAUAUCCAUAGAUAAGGAUGAACAGCCAGUCAUUCCUCCACAUGAAGAAAGAAAAUUUUUGGUAUUCGAAAGUAUGCUGUUGUCCUUGUUUGCCAUAUGCACAGUGUGUUCAAAUGUUACUGUAGCCAGUGUCAAGUAUGUUAUGGGCACAUUUAUUCAAAUUCAACAGCUUUGCCAUACUUGUGGUCAUCAGAGAUUAUGGAAUAGCCAGCCAUUCAUUGGAAAUAUCCCUGCUGGUAAUUUGCUAUUGUCAUCUGCAAUAUUAUGUGCUGGUGCAUUGCCAACUCUAACAUUACGAGUGAUGAAACAUCUCCGGUGCCUUACCAUAUGCAGUGACACAUUCUUCAGGCACCAAUCAGUGUACUUACAUCCAUGUAUAUCCACUGUCUGGUUGAGACACCAGAAGGAUCUGUUACGCGAUGCAGCUACUCAGAACAAGUUGAUGCUAGCUGGUGAUGGAAGAGCAGACAGUCCGGGCGGGAUUCAGUGCCAAAUAUGGAUCAUACAGCUUGAUUGA